CCUAGGAAAUUUUAUAUUUCUCUUAAAAGUGCUAAUAAUUCUAGAUUAAAGUGUACAAAUAAUGUACUAUUAAUAAUGCAUAAUGCAUAAAAAGAAUAUGAGCAUAACAUUUAAUAAUAUUUUUAAUAACCAAAAUAAUUUGUAAAGUUCACAAAAUAUAUGCCUAUGCGUAUAGUAAAUAAUUAUAUUAAGUAUAGACGUAUCAGUAUCUUUCACCAGUUACCGGCACGUGUUUUGCAUGGAUUGGUUAUUAUCCUUGUCCAAUUCUUUUACAAUAUGAGUUUCAUGGAAAAUUUAAAGAUGCGGUUAAUUAUAUGUCUUUAUUUUUUAAUACUAUGUACAAUAUACAUUGAAGCAGAAAAAAGAGUAAACAAAUAUGUAACUACUUUAAUAGAUGCAAAAUGGAAAGAAACACCUUUGGCUCUUGAAGCUGCUGAAUAUUUAAAUGAUGAAAAUCCAAGUUAUUUUUGGAAAUUCAUAGAUAAUUUUGCUAAUUAUAAUUUAAGAAAUGUUACAGAGAAAGAUAACUAUGAUGCUGUUAUUGCAUUUGCUGAAAAAUAUUUAUCUCAUUCUGAGUUAGCAUUAAUGAAAUUAGCAUUAUCAUUAAGAAUUUAUUCAGCACGUAUUGAAAUGUUCACACAAAUGGCAGAAAAUAAAAAUAUGUCCUUUCUUGAUUGUUAUAACAUAGUGGAUAUUGGUGGAGUGUUUACAUGUUCUUUAGAAGAAUUAGAAAAGUUGGCUAUUCAAGAUACUUGGAUACGUCCAGAUAUUUACAGUGUAGAUCAUCGUUAUCAUGCAUCUCAACAAUCAGAUAAAAUUAUUAUAUUAUAUGGACAAAUUGGAACACCAAAAUUUUUGGAUUUCCAUAAUAAAUUAAAAGAUCUUGCAGAAACCAAUGGAAUUAAUUAUAUUUUACGACAUUAUUUAAAGGAUAGAAUAGAUAAAAAUGUACGUUUAUCUGGAUAUGGUGUGGAAUUGCAAAUGAAAUCCACAGAAUAUAAAGCAACAGAUGAUUCAGAUAUUAAAGAUAAUACAGGAAAAGAUUCAGAGACUACAACUGAUAGUAUGGAAGAAAUAGAUGGGAUUAAUUUUGUAACUUUAAAAAAUUUGUAUCCUAAUAAACAAUUAGAGUUAGAUAAAUUACAAACUCAUUUACUUGAAACUAGUCAUGAAAUUGGUGCUUUAAAAGUAUGGCAGUUUCAAGAAUUAAGUUAUCAAGCAGCUGAAAGAAUAAUGAAUUCUCCUACAAAUGAAGCUAUUAAUGUUUUAACAGAUAUUUCACAAAAUUUUCCAAUGCAGGCAAAAUCUCUAAUUAGAACAAAAGUAAAUAAUGAAAUGAAAAAAGAAAUGAAACUUAAUCAAGCAAUAUUUUCUACAAGUUUAAAUAUACAACCUACAGAUACUGCACUUUUCAUUAAUGGAUUAUUUUUUGAUUUGGAAGCAGUAGAUGUUCUCAGUCUUUUAGAAUCAUUGAGAAGUGAAUUAAGAAUAAUGGAAUCUCUUCGUAAAAUCGGAUUUAGUAAUAAAGAGAUAAGCUCAUUGUUAGCUUUGGAUUUAUCUACUAAUAUGGAUAAACAAGAAUUUGCAAUGGAUAUAAGAGAUUCAGCUAUAAUUUGGGUAAAUGAUAUUGAACAGGAUUCAGCUUAUGCGAGAUGGUCGUCAUCGUUAACAGAAUUAUUGAGGCCAACUUUUCCUGGAAUGUUAAGAAAUAUUAGAAGAAAUUUAUAUAAUUUGGUAUUAAUUAUUGAUCCUUUAAGUGGAGAAUCCAGUCCUCUGAUAACAUUAGCACAAUCAUUAUAUCUACAUUCCGCACCAUUAAGAGUGGGUUUUGUCUUUGUAACGAAUUACGAUUCCUCUGUAACUGGAUUAACUGAUGCCAGUGUCGCAAUUAAUAAUGCAUAUCAUUACUUUGCGGAAACCAAAGGAUCGGAACAUGCUUUACAAUUUCUGAUAGACUUAGGAAAUUAUAUUGGACCAGAAGGAGUAGAUGUAGAAGAUAUAAAGAAAACAAUAAAAAUGCAGGAUUCAUCUGCUAAUAUAAAUUAUAUCCUUGGCGAAGAAUCUGAAUAUGACGUAGGACGUCAUUUAGCUAGUGAUUUCGUAAAGCGAUCUGGUUUUAGGAAAUUUCCACAAGCUUUACUUAAUGGUGUACCUUUAUCAUCUGAUCAAUUAAACGCCAAUUCAUUUGAAGAAGCUGUUUUAUCUACCAUCAUAUCGCAAACACCUGCAUUACAAAAAGCUGUAUAUCGAGGAGAAAUAACUGAAGGAGAUGAUGUAGUUGAUUAUAUUAUGAAUCAACCGAAUGUUAUGCCUUGCUUGAAUGAACGAAUAUUGAAACCAGAAAAACAUACAUGGUUAAACUUAAUUGGUACCAUACCUAAUGAUGAAGAUUAUAAUAAAUGGAGUCCUCAAGAUUUAUCAAGUUGGUUGAUGAAUAAAAUGCGUUAUAUAUAUGUUCCACGUCGCACAACUGUUCAUCAUUUAUAUACAUUUUGGAUUGUAACAAAUUUAAAUGAAUUAAAAGGUAGACAAUUAUUACGUGAGGCACUCGAAUACAUAGAAUCAAAUGCAGAUGUUAGAAUUAGUAUAAUUGUUAAUCCACUUGUCGAUACGAAUGAUAAUACAAUCGAUAUCAAUCAAAUAGUAUUAGCUGCAUUACACACUCUUCCGGUAGAAAAAAUUAUGCGCUUUAUUCGUAACAUAAUAAAGGAAGAUGUGGCUACUGUUAUUCUUAAUGGAAAAGUUGAUAUAGAGGAAGAAGCUGUAAAGGAACGAUUAAAAAAUCAAAUAGAUGAAUUGUAUAUACAUCGUCGAUAUAUUAAAACAGUAUUAAAUUUAGAAAAAGGAGCUAGAGCGAUCGUAUGUAAUGGACGAUUAAUCGGUCCUUUAGAUGAUGAUGAAGAAUUUACAAAUGAAGAUUUUUCAUUAUUGGAAAGAUUUACUCAAAGUACUUAUGAUGAUAAAUUAUUGAAAAAAUUAAUAAAAGGACAAUUAUUGGAAAAUGACGAAUAUGAAAAGAAUGAAAUCACCGAUGAUAUGAUAAUGAAAAUCACAUCUUUAUUAGCAUCGCAUCCACAAACGCGAAGUCGAUUUCACGUUCCUUUUCACGGUGAUGAUUACAGUGCCAUAAAGAUUCCAGCGAUAAAUCCGGAUGAAGUAUCAUUUAAUUUAAUUGCUAUUGUCGAUCCAGUAUCUCGUGGUGCGCAAAAAUUGGGUCCAAUUUUAAAAACACUUCAGCAAUCUUUAAACUGUAAUAUUAAAGUGUUUUUAAAUUGUUUGGAUAAAAACAGCGAUAUGCCAUUGAAAAGUUUUUAUCGUUUUGUAUUUGAACCUCAAUUACAAUUUUUUCCUGAUGGGCGUAUUAAUGGAGCUAUGGCGAAAUUUACAAAAUUACCGACAUCAUCUCUUUUGACACAAUAUAUUCAUGCUCCAGAAAAUUGGUUAGUAGAAGUUAUUAGAAGCGUUUAUGAUUUAGAUAAUAUAAAAUUGGAUAACGUAGCAAUUGGAGUGCAUAGUGAGUUCGAAUUAGAAUAUUUACUUCUUGAAGGUCAUUGUUUCGAAGCAGUCAUCGGAAAUCCACCACGUGGAUUACAGAUUACAUUAGGAACAGAAAAGCAACCAUUAAUGGUAGAUACUAUAGUAAUGGCAAACUUGGGCUAUUUUCAGUUAAAAGCAAAUCCAGGUGAAUGGGUAUUACGUCUUCGACAAGGGCGCUCAGCAGAAAUUUAUGAUUUUACCACAGUUGGUGGCCAAGAUGUUCUACAAAAUGAUAAUGAUGUAAAAGUUGUUAUAAGUUCUCUUAGAAGUCAUGUAUUGAAAGUUAAAGUAUCCAAGAAGCCAGAUAAAGUGGGAAUGGAUCUUUUAUCGGAAGAUGAUAAAAGUUCUGGUUUAUGGAAUUCUAUUUCUAGGACAUUUACGACAACGGAUGAUAGUGAUGAUCAAGAUGAAAAAUUAAAUAUUUUCUCUCUAGCAUCUGGACAUUUAUAUGAAAGAUUUUUGAAAAUUAUGAUGUUGAGUAUUAUAAAGCAUACCAAAAGUCCCGUUAAAUUUUGGUUUUUGAAAAAUUAUCUUUCACCAACAUUAAAGGAUUUUUUGCCUCAUAUGGCAAAAGAAUAUGGCUUCGAAUAUGAAUUAGUACAAUAUAAAUGGCCUCGUUGGCUUCAUCAACAAACUGAAAAACAAAGAACUAUAUGGGGUUACAAAAUAUUAUUUUUGGAUGUUUUAUUUCCAUUAAAUGUUAAGAAAAUAAUAUUCGUUGAUGCUGAUCAGGUUGUAAGAGCAGAUUUGAAAGAAUUAGCGACUAUGGAUCUUGGAGGUGCACCAUAUGCAUACACUCCAUUUUGUGAUAGCAGGAAAGAAAUGGACGGAUUUAGAUUUUGGAAGCAAGGUUAUUGGCGAAAUCAUUUACAAGGUCGCGCUUAUCACAUCAGUGCUCUUUAUGUAGUAGACUUGAAGCGAUUUCGACGCAUCGCGGCCGGAGAUAGAUUAAGAGGACAAUAUCAAGCACUAAGUCAAGAUCCUAAUAGUUUGGCCAAUCUGGAUCAAGAUCUUCCCAAUAAUAUGAUUCAUCAAGUGGCUAUUAAAACAUUGCCUCAGGAAUGGUUGUGGUGCGAAACUUGGUGUGAUGAUACAUCCAAAAAAUACGCUAAAACAAUAGAUUUGUGUAAUAACCCAAUGACUAAAGAAGCUAAGCUACAAGCUGCCGUACGUAUUUUACCAGAAUGGAUAGGUUAUGAUGAAGAAAUAAAAGCUUUACAAUUAAAGUUAGAGAAUGAGAAUAGACAAACAGAAAAAGAAGAGAAUGAAAUAUUCGAAGAUACGGAAAAUUUUACAAAGCAUGAAGAAUUAUAAAUAAAAUGAAAUAUAAGAAUCAAUUAAUAAAAUGAAAUAUAAGAAUCAAUUAAAAAAAAGAUAGUAUGGAUACUUUUACAAUUAAAAAAAUUUUCCACAAAUAAUGGAUUAUUUUCAAUAUUCGCAAGCACAUUGUUGCAACAGCGCGUGAUUUUUUAAAUGACAAAUAAAACAUUCAAAAAUAUUGAUUGUCUUAAUUUAAUGAAUUAUUCAAUCAAUCAUUCAGAAAUGUGUCAUAUUGUAGUAAUUAAUUAUAGAUAAGGAAUUAUGUCCAUACCGUUAACAUAAUUGUGAUUUUGUAUUAUCUACUAUAGUUAUAAGAAAUAAACUUGUAAUGUUUGUAAGGUA